AAUGUCUCCGCUCGCCUCCAGCUGCGAGCGACGAGUUGAGCACGCGAGUGGAGGAUCUCUCACGUCUGUAAAUCAGCGAGCCGUAGUUUCCAGGUUGUUUUUACCUCGCGGCACGUUGAGUCCGUGCGCUCUUGCUUGAAAACGUUUCCACGAAUGCCGGGCUGCCGCUAAAGCCGCGUGAAGUCCGUUUCGCCAAUGUGCGCCUCCGGAGGUUUGGCCGGCUCGCCAAUGCUUCUGCAUCAGUUUAUGAACGGAGCCCUGGAAGCCAUGCAUCCCACCGCGCUCCAGAAGGACACGACUUUUACCAAAAUCUUCGUCGGCGGGCUGCCGUACCACACCAACGACGCGUCGCUGCGAAAAUACUUCGAGGCCUUUGGGGACAUCGAUGAGGCCGUGGUGAUAACCGACAGGCAGACCGGCAAGUCCCGAGGAUACGGCUUCGUCACGAUGACGGAGCGGGGGUCGGCCGAGAGAGCCUGCAAGGAUCCCAAUCCCAUUAUUGAUGGCAGAAAGGCCAACGUCAACCUGGCCUACCUCGGUGCCAAGCCUCGCAGCAUCCAAACAGGCAUAUCCAUCGGAGUGCAGCCCAUUCACCCGGCAUUCAUCCAGAGGCAGUAUGGGUUGGCCCCGCCUUACGUCUACCCGCAAGCCUACGUGCAGCCCAGCUUGGUGCUGCCCAGCCAGCUGUCGUCGUCGCUGACCAGCAGCCCUUACCUGGACUACGGCGCCGCCUACGCGCACUACGCCCAGGCCAACUUUGAGCAGCAGUAUCCCUAUGCCGCCUCCCCGGCCGGCUUCCUGGGUUACGGCUACGCCGCCCCCGCCGCCGGCGCGGGGCCGGCCGCCGCCGCCACGGCGGCCACCGCCGUGCACCCCGCCCUGCCCUCGGCCGCCGACCUGGCCGCCACCGCCGCCUUCCUGCACUACGCUCCGCAGCAGCAAGUCCAGCCCGACCGCAUGCAGUGAGCUGCGGCCGAGCGAGCGAGGAUGGCCAAACGCCCUUUGGGGGGCGGCUACCCUGCGUCAGGGCGUUUUCAGGAAGGGGAUGAGGGGGGGGGGACUAUUGCACUGGACGCGAUAUCUGGAUGUCCUCGUUGCUCAUGGGGUGAAGGUGGGGUGGGGGGGUUCCGCAUAGGCAUGCUGAGAAGCUUUAAUGUACAAGGUCGCUUCUAGAAGCUGACUCUUUAUCAUCAUUGUUAUUAUUGUUAUUUUUUUUUCUAUUGCUCCUUAUUAUUAUUAUUAUUAUUAUUAUUCUAUUGAUGUCGUUGUUGCUUUGUAAGCCAUUGUUUUAUUUUCAUGCCUUUUGGCUCAGUCAGUGGUCCAUCUUGUUUUGAGAGCGUUCUGUGACACAUUCCACACCCCAGCCAAAGUAUCUCAGCUGGAUGUGAGGGGGCACCGCUGUCCUCGGACGCUGCGGGGAGGGGGGAUCUGGGGGGGGGGGGUCACAGUGAGGUGAAGCGCUGCGCCACCGCCACCUUGAACAAACUCGCAGAGCUUGGCUCCCAACCUGGAUGACAUCAUGUUUGAUGUCACACACACACACAAAAAAAAGGGGGGGGUCCUCAACAUGCAAGACGUGGAGCUGCAUUCUUUCUGCCUGGACAAUAUCAGGAAGACUUUUUAUUCUUUUUAUUGAAGAGGCCUUAAUAAAUGCCCCGCCCCCGCAAGCCCCCCCCACCCCCUCCCCCCAGUUUCAGAAGUGCACAUUUUGUAACUGCUGUUUCCAGCAGUCAAUCACAAAGCCGCCCCACUCGUAUGUGGGUUCUUUUAGGCGGCUGCGAUGAUCACUUGCAGUCGGGGGGGGGGGGGGGGGCGCAUGGGACGUCAUAGACGCUGGCCGACGGCGCGCUCCGCCGUCCUUUUCCCUCCUGUGUGUCUCACUCUCACCACUCGUCCAAGCACUGCAUUCAAGACAUUUUCAGUCCUCCAGUACAUUUACAUUAUUUAUAUGGCGCUAUUUAUAAGAGGUACUAAGUUCAAUUGCCUGUUUGUCUUGUUUUUCUUUUUUGUACUAUGACCGUCGUUGUAGCACUGAUGCCAAUUAACCUGCAGAAGCACACCCGCGCGCGGCUUUUGAAAAGCCACCGCGUCGUCGGCGCGUUUUGUGCCGGCGCCGCUCCGGACCAGGCCUAUUUCCGGAUCACUUUCCGCUUGUGUCGGCAAGUGACCUUUCUAGUCCUUUUGAGAAAAGCCAUACAACCAAUCCAGAAUAAAACAUUUGUACUUA